AGCUGAGCGGAGGAGCAGGGGAGGGUACGCGGUGGCUGAGUGCGUGGAGGAGCAUGGAAGCGCGCGGUGGCUGAGCGCGCGGAGGAGCAGAGCGGCGGCGGUUGGCAAAGGACGCGAAGGAGCAAGAGGAGGGAACGACAUCAAGGGACGGCGCGGAAAGGAUGUGGAGAGUCGCGCAACGGCCGGCGUAUCAGGAGAGGCGUAGGGGAGCGGCGCGGCGGUGGAGGGAUGCAGGGAGGAAGAGGGGUGCGGUGGAUGCAACGCAAUACGGAGGGGGAAGAGGUCGGAAUCGUGGGAGCUUGGGAGGAAAAUUAUAAUACCAAUUCACAAAGCAUCCAAACAGGUGAUAUUUGGUACAUUCAAUACCAAUUCCAAAUUUCAGACUUCAAUAUUUACAUCCAAAGUACCUAAGCGGAUUUGAUAAGGAAUUUUGCUAUCUUUUUUUAUCGCAUAAUGUUUGAAGAUAUUGGUCGUUUGUGUGUUUUCUGAGAAGCACAUGCGCAUGGAUUUUAACAGAAAUUUCAUGGGAUACAUGUAUAUCCUUGCUAGAAAUAUGCUAAAUGUUGUGGAGAUACUGUUAUAAUCAGCUGAGCACGCUUCAAGUUGCGAUCAACUGAUAUAUCAAGCACACGUGAAGACGAACGAACGGAUUAUUAGACAAGGAAUUUAGGAAGGAAGAAAGGAAGGGGAAAAAAAGGUUUGCUUUGCUGGUGCUGGGUCAGCAGCCAAAACCACCCAGCUCAUGAUGCCCCAAGGCAAUUAAGCAAAGCCAAAGCGGCGGCAGCAUAGCCUCAGGCCUCAGCUGUCGGCUCCACCCUCGCCUCCGCCAUGAGAGAUCCCAAGCAGAGGAGAAGCCCAGCAGCUCCCACCCUCGCCAGCAGGCUGCGGAAGCACUCCACGUGGCUCCUCCUCCUCCUCCUGCUGUGGUUCGCCCUCUCCCUCUACCUCUUCAUCUCCCCCACGCCGCCCGCCGCCGCGCCGCUCCGGCGCUCUGCCUUCCUCCGCUCCAAGGCCCGCGCCCUCUCAGCCACCACUGCACCGCCCGUCCGGAUCUACGUCUACGACCUCCCCGACCGCUUCAACCGCGACUGGGUGGCCGCCGACGCGCGCUGCGCCCGCCACCUCUUCGCGGCCGAGGUGGCCGUGCACGAGGCGCUGCUGGCCUACGCCGGCCGCGCCGCGCGCCCCGAGGACGCCGACCUCUUCUUCGUGCCCGUCUACGUCUCCUGCAACUUCUCCACACCCAACGGGUUCCCCUCGCUCUCGCACGCGCGGGGCCUGCUCGCCGAGGCCGUCGACCUCGUCCGGACCCAGAUGCCGUACUGGAAUCGCUCCGCCGGAGCCGACCACGUCUUCGUCGCCUCGCACGAUUUCGGCGCCUGCUUCCAUCCCAUGGAGGAUGUGGCCAUCGCCGACGGCAUACCAGAGUUCCUGAAGAGGUCCAUCCUGCUGCAGACAUUUGGUGUGCAGGGCCACCACGUAUGUCAGGAGGUGGCGCAUGUGGUGAUCCCACCUCAUGUGCCACUAGAGGUGUCUCAUGAGCUACCGGAGCCGGAGAAGGUGCGGAGGGACAUUUUUGCCUUCUUCCGGGGCAAGAUGGAGGUGCACCCCAAGAACAUUAGUGGCCGCUUCUACAGCAAGAAGGUGAGGACUGAGUUACUACAGCAUUAUGGUCGCAAUCGCAAGUUUUAUCUUAAGAGAAAGCGGUUCGACAACUACCAAUCAGAAAUGGCUCGUUCUCUGUUCUGCCUCUGUCCGCUCGGAUGGGCUCCAUGGAGUCCUCGGCUUGUGGAAUCAGUCCUCCUCGGCUGCAUUCCCGUCAUAAUUGCUGAUAACAUACGUCUGCCGUUCCCUUCUGUCCUUCGGUGGCCAGAGAUCUCAUUGCAGGUGGCUGAGAAGGACAUAGCCAGUCUUGAGACGGUGCUCGAUCAUGUUGUGGCGACCAAUUUGACCAGAAUACAAAAGAACUUGUGGGAUCCAAUGAAGCGGAAGGCACUGGUUUUCAACCGCCCAAUGGAAGUGGGAGAUGCUACAUGGCAAGUGUUGAGGGAACUUGAGAUUUUGCUAGACCAGUCUCAGAGAAGGUAUGUUCGCUCCUGGAGGUGAAGACCAGAGAGGAUCCGUUUGUCCAAUCUGCUGCAGCUGUGCAACUAUUGUUUGCUGCCACAUGCCUAACUCACAGCAUCGAUGGUCAGUCCAGGCUUGAGCCUGAGAUCUACUUCUGACAUGGAUUUUUUUUUUCUGGCCAGAAAUUCAGAAUAUGAAUCUCAAACCAGAGCUCUACUUCUGAUGUAUUUUUCUUGCCAGAAACUUAGAAUAUCAAUGUCAUACCAGAGAUCCCAACCUUCAUCAGUCAAUGGGAUGCUAGCUCAACCAGGGUUGGUGCCUAACUGGAGAUCUCAAUCUCAGUGCGACAAGUUGACCGCCUCUGUGUGUGUAUAGGGAAAUUUUUACUCAUUUAUUUAUUCUUUGGAGAAGUGGGAAGAGCAUGCUUUUCUUGCCAUAGGAAGAACAUAUGAUGUGCAUAUCUAUGUAUUUUCUGGUUGUACUUGUACACUUGUAGAGUUGAUAGGCUUUUCCAAUUAGUAUCCUGUAAAUCGAAGGGUGUCAAAGAAUGUAUUGGUGAUUGGAUGAUAACCUACUGCACUCUACUAUUAAAAGCACAGUGAAACAUGAACAAGAUCUAUUCUUUGAAAUUUUCAGCA